CCGCAAAGUGAAGAUCUUUGAAAAUAAUGGAUCUUAAAGUUACUUGGAAUGCUUUCGCUUUGCAAAUUGCACUUUACUGUAUUUUGGUGUCAGAGAGUACGCAGUACCCACAAACCGAUGUACUACCUAGAGUUCAACAGGAAUCCAAUAAAACUUUAUACGAAUUGAGCAUAAAACUUCCUGAUAAUAAUUUUCGCGAUGAAAUUGGCAGUCUACAAGCAUCUGGAAGCUCUGAUGAACAACUAUCUGUAUCUGGAUUGAUACAAAUAAAUUUUAUGAAUCCGAAUGCAAUGGCGAACUGGAUAUACAACGCAGACAAGAAUGGUUUCCGCGUUCGAUAUAGUUACAAGCAGUUAAAUGGUCCUAUAUACCAUUUAAUAGAAUCAUAA